UGGCCUGAUCUCAUCAUCGAGAGGAAUAUCCGUCCUAUCGCCUCUAUUUACAUGUGCGCCCACUCAGCCAAAGUGAAAUUCACGCCAGCGAUGCACUUCUUAUCAGCUCUAAUGGGAACUACUUAGAUAAACACGCACAGCUGUCCCGUCAAGGCAAACGUACUUCAUAUUCGGCAGCGAGACCCACAUACGGAAUACAUACAAAUACAUUUUCCAGACCGGACAGGUCAACAAAAAGUUUGACUGAUAAGAUUUCCUCCAGAUUAGAUUCAAGUUUUUUGCGAUUAUUUUCUUUGUUUACAAAUACAAGCACGGCAAAACAAUUAAUGUAGAUUAGCAAUCGAACGGACGUUUGUAUUUAUUUACGCUUGAUCAUAAAAGCUCAACUUCAUUCUCUGACUUAAUAUGAUGAAAUACCCUUUUUAAAAGACUGAUGGAUGGGUAUUUUGGUCGUAUCGCCUGGGAGCACUGGCUGAUAUUAGUUCCCGACCAUAGAUACAUUCACGGAAUGCGUGGAAGUGCAUUUUUUGUCCCCGUGCAUUUACGGGGCGGUUGUACUCGCAUUUCGCUUCCCUGAUGACUCACAUUAUUUGUCGAGCUUGCAUAUAUAUAUACAUUUGUAUCUGUAUCUGUAUCUGUGCGAGGCAGUGUGCGGAUGGAUAUGCUUUUCGAGCGGAUAGUACGUCUAUAACUUGCGCUGCUUAACUGUGACCGAUACAUAUUUCUUUAUUUGUUUACAUGCUGAAAUGUUUUUGUCAAAACACGAGUUCCUCAUGGCGAUCUACCAAACCGCAAGAGUGUCUACAAGUAUUCGUCAUCUUGUUUACCAUCCAGACAGUUUUGGUAUGGUAUAAUAGCUAGCUAUGCCAGCACCAGAACCAGAAUCAGAACUCCCGAAUAUUAUAUAUGUGUAUGAAUAUUUGGCCAGGAAUGCACUCACUGCCUCCUAACCAAAGUUAAGCGUAUUUUAGCAAAUAAGUGUGUAAAUAAUUGUGCGCGCACAUAGCACACAUAGCACACAUAGCACAUUUGGUGCAUUGACCUUGCUUAGCAGUUUGUUUUUUACGGUUAUUAGUGCGGACGGAUGGAGGAGGCAAUGGCUUUGCCUUUUGCCUUUGGCGUCACGAACAGAAAACUCAAUUGCGUAUUACCCGCGUAUAUAUGUAUGUAUAUAUAUGUAUGUAUGUGGUGGCAUGUAGAGAAAUAAGUGGGUACAUAUGUACUAGGGCCAGGCGUCGUUGACUUCUGCGACUACAUGUUUUAUCUUUACUGCAAAAAAUGUAUUAAUAUAGUAUUCGAGCUGAUGACCUUAGGUUCUAAGCGUGCGGCAGGAACGCUCGGUUAAAAUCGAAAGCCACAGUCCCAGACCCAGACCCAUUUCAUCACUUUUACUUGUUCCCCAAAGAGUGUGUGUGUGUAUAUAAUGCACAUGUAUCUGUAUCUCACGGAUGCGGGUGUCUGCAACUUCUGGCCUUAGUAUCUGUGAGUGUUUUGGGCCCGAGUCUGGUGUGAGUGUGUUGUGUCUACAAGAGUCGGGCUGCUUAUUAGACUUGAACUGAACUGUCUGACUGACGGCGACAUUGAGAGUGAGUUUCGGAGCAGAGUUGCGAGGGCAAAGGCAAAGGCAAUGGCACAGGCAAUGGCAAAGGCAAUGGCAAAGGCAAUGGCCGAUGGAGCAUCGCAUCCCGUCGGCCGCAAUAGCAUACACUCUCGUACCAUCGCUUCAGUCGUUUCAGCUGAAAGUCUGCUCCACUCAGCCCGCUCAACUCAUUUCAGUUCGGUUCAGUUCAACUCGCUACUGCCAAGGGUAUCGCCAUCGCCAUCGCCAUCGACAUCGACAUCGCCUCGGAUGUGGCUGUGGAUGUGGAUGAACUCGCGAGACCAAGAAACAUUCGCCCGGCCAUAUUAAGCGACCUAUGAAUGCCUUCAUGGUGUGGAGCCAGAUGGAACGGCGGAAGAUCUGCGAGCGGACGCCGGACCUGCACAACGCCGAGAUAUCCAAGGAGCUGGGCCGGCGAUGGCAGCUCCUCAGCAAGGACGACAAGCAGCCCUACAUCAUCGAGGCCGAGAAGUUGAGGAAGCUGCACAUGAUCGAGUAUCCCAACUACAAGUACAGGCCCCAGAAGAAGCAGACCCGAUCCCCGGGAUCAAUGAAGCAGAGUCCGGACGCAGACGGCUGCGAAGCUAAAAAUGACACGCCCAACAACUCACUGACCACGACCAAUCUUGCAAUUAAUGGAGCCACCACUACCAACACUGCCGGUCGGAAAAGCAAAAGAUCUACCUCUACAUGUCAAACUGGUUCAGUUUCGAAGCGACUAAGGAACGAUUCGGGUGAUAACUCCAAGCCUAAAUACGAAGUAAAGGAGGAGCCUGCCGAGCAGCACAAUAACAAUACCGUGGAUAUUAUCCUACCCUCAGCCGAUAAUCUAUUAAGCUACCAAUCAUCUGAAUACUUACCUCUAAGCACGAAUAGCAGUGCCGAGUGCGAUGAGAAGCUACACUCAGACCUGAGCACGGGUCCGCUGGACGCCGACGUGGUGCAUCGCUUCCUGCCGCUCUUCUUCACCAGCAACGAGGACUCGCAGCUGGAGGUGCACUCCUCGUCGCACAGCCACCACCAGAGCCAGUCGGAUCCCACGGCGGGCCUGCUGGACGAUCGCGAGGAGCUGUCCUCCGAGGAGGUGCUGCGCUAUCUGCCCUACCUAGAGGUGAACUCCUCGUCGGCCGGUGGCCACAACUCGCUCAAGGUGGAGCUGGAGCCCAGCCUCAAUGAGCCCGUGUUCGACUCCGAGGACAAUAUUGUGAACGAUGCCAACUUGCACUCGGCCAGCCAUCAAAUACCUCCAUAUGUGCCUGAUAGCCACGACUGCUUUGCGGAGGAUUGCGGCGGAGGUGGUGGCGGCGGUGGCGGUGGCGGAGAGUGCUCCUCCCACCAGGAGCUCGAGUUCGAGGUGGUGCGUCCGCAGACCGUCACGAUGACCAUGACCUGCACGCUGCCCUACGGCGGCCCGGAUGGGGGGCACACAUUCCAGAACGACGACUUCAACCCAAUGCCGUCGGCCGCCGAGGACAGCGACUGCAGCAUACUGACCACCUCCAACUCGCCGCAGAUCGGCUUCGGCAAUGGCAGCGUCUUCGUGGAGGCGGACGCCAUCGGGAACACUUGUACAUACGCCCAACAAGACUACGCCGGAAAUGUAAUUGAAACACACAAUGAUCUCAACUACGCCGCACACGAUAACAACGGAGCUCUACUAGCUUACACAUUUGAGGACUUGCCGCCUCAGCCAACCGGUAGUCAUUUAGAAUUUAACACUAACAAGUACGAGUUUGCAAGUUAUUAUAAAAUGUGAGAGUUAUUUAAGUUUUGUGUAAUUUAUAACUAAUCUAAUUGUACGUUUAUAAUUUUACACCAAAUUAUAUAUAUAUAUAUGUAUAUGUAUAUGUAUAUCUAUACAGAUAAAUACUAUAUAUUCCAUAAAUUCUAUAUACAAAACAAACAACAACAAAAAAAACGAGAAUAAAAUGCUUUGCAUUGAAAAUAUUUA